UAACGAGGGGAAAUGUGUCCACAAAUUUAAAACAGACAGUAUAACUUUUUUUUUUUUUGGUCUUGAAAACAACUAGGAUACGUCUUUAUGACGAAAAGUACCCUCUGUUUUAUUGUGAUAGAGACAGCAUCUCGUUACAUCUGCAUAUAACAAAGAGAAGACCAGUCCCACCGACCUCUCCAAAAUUCUCUGGGGGAGAACUUUGGCGUACAAGCCCGGUUUUACAUGGGAUUAACCCUUGUGGGCCUGGAUAUCAUAUUGUUUUUCACGGCAGCACACUAAAAUGCAAAGCUUGUAGAAGAAUGUAGGAGGCCUCGGGACUAAUGACUGAACCAUCAUGUGGAGCGAAAUAAUCCAGUUUAACAAGGCUUGUUGAUAUGUGAUGAGAGUAUGUGAAAUGUGUGAGCGUUGGAACAUCAGAGUGGCACAGCCGAGUUCCACAGAAAAUGAACAUUAACAUCAACACAUACCAUUAGCUUGUUCCACGGCCCUGGUGAGGGUCUCCACCAGCGAGUGUUAUAUGUUCACUGACGUACUGUAAAUCCUGGACUGCGUGGAGCAGAAUAAAGAUUUGUCCGAUAUAUAACCUCAGAGGGACAGGAAUAUAUCUAGGAGAGGUCUAUGAUGAAUUAAAGUCGUUUUUUUUUCCGACACAUAAUUUCCUGAUGAUCAUGAUGUCACGGCUGCCUUCACCUCCAAAGGGGCCCCUAUUGACCCCUACUAUACAGUGCAGUUUCAUUAUUUCCCCAGGCAUCCAGAAACCAAUCAGUAAACUAAAGCUGAAAUGAUUAGUUGAUUAAUCAAUAAGUUGAUGGGCAGAUAAUUAACCGACAACAGGUUUGUUGAUUGAUUAAUCUUUUUAAGUUGUUUCUUCUCAAAUGUGAAUAUCCGCUAUCUCUUUAUGGCCGUAAACUCAACAUGUUUGGGUUUUUGAGAGUUAGACAAAGAGCAAUUUGAAUGUGUAAACAUGGGCCUUAGGAAAUAAUGAACGCAUUUUCACUACUUGCUCACAUUUUACUGACCGAGCAAUCAGUCGAUGACGAAAGAAAAUAAUUGUCAAAUGUAUUCAUAAUUAAGAUAAUUGUUGGUUGCAGCCCUAUAGUACCUCUAUGAUGGAACAAUAUUACCUUGCCUGGCGUUGUCUGUUAUUUACUAUUAGUAGGCAAGAAGAGAAAUGUUUUUUUUUUUCUCGCCAUACUCCUUUUUAUGCUUCUUAAAUUCACAUCGUGUUAAAAUGUCUAAUAGACAAUUUGGAUGUUAAACUUUUAUUUUGAAGGCGUGACUGGUUUUGAUUUGGAGCUCACGAGCCGCCAGUCACGUGCUAACUUGGACGAGGCCUGCAGUGACGUUUCGGCGUAGCGACCAAUCAGCUCACGAGGACAUGUCGGUGUUGUUUAUUGCUCGCUUCCUUGUUGUUUCUCCAGAGUCCCCGUGAGGUUUUCGUUCUGCUAAGGACCUUGCCGGCAUGUCAGCGGCCACACAGAAUAUGUGGACAGAUGGAGUCCUCACACGGGGCGCCUUUGGCUGGACCAGUCAAGGAAACUUCACGUCUUUGUGCCCUAAUGGGUCUAAAUGGGUUUGGGAAGGGCUUGGGGAAUGUGCGCAGGAUGCAAGGGAUAUGGCCAGUAUCUACCUAGGCCUCCUGUCCAUCCUCUGCUUCAUGGUCUCUUCACUUCCACAGUACUACAGCUCGUGCAAAAAUGGGAAUAUGGACAGCGCCCUUUCUAUCUGGUUCCUGCUACUCUGGUUGGGAGGUGACACCUGCAAUCUGGUGGGCUCCUCCUUGGCAGACCAGCUUCCACUUCAGACAUAUACAGCCAUUUAUUACGUUGUGGCUGACUUAUUGAUGCUGGCCAUGUACUUAUACUACAAGAUAAGGAACAGAAUGGUUGAAAGCAGGAGGGUUUUGCAUGUGAUGGGUGUCGCCUGUAUCCUGGGCUUUGCCACAAACCUCGCCCAUCUCCCCGGGUCAGGCACCCAGCGGGAAAUUAUUCCUUCUGGGUUCAGAGGUCGCGCAUUGCUCUCAACCUCUGAUGUUGUCCCCAUCAAGGCUUUUACCCCUAAGGAGAUUAUUGGUUUCUCCAUUGGCUCAGUUUCGUCAGUGCUCUACCUCUGCUCCAGACUUCCCCAGAUGUACACUAAUUUCAAGAGGAAGUCAACAGAGGGAGUAUCUUACUUCCUGUUUGCACUAGUAAUCCUGGGAAACACCACAUACGGCCUGAGUGUCCUACUGAAGAACCCUGAUGAGGGCCAAGGCGAGAAAAGCUACCUGAUCCAUCACCUGCCCUGGCUCAUCGGCAGCCUCGGCACCCUCUGUUUAGAUGUCAUUAUCUCCAUCCAGUUCAUAAUUUACCGAAAAGCCCCAGUGGAGGUCGACGGCGGCAGCGAUGAGACAACGCCUCUGAUUGGGAGCUAAACCAACACACUAAGGGUGUACUGAUGGGACAAGAGCAGACAAUCGUUUCCAAUGAACUCUCAAAAUCACAUUUGAAACACAAAAUCAUGAUGGAAAAAAUUGUACAUUUUAGUUGAAUUUUAUAGUUUUAUUUAUUAUGCUGUUUUUUUAAUGUUUACAAUGUGUUUUUAUCUGCAAACUACAGUCACAGAUGAAGUUCUUCAUUUGGGUUCAGCUGCAGUGAUGUGACUCAAACUGCUCUUAAUAUUACAGUUUUAAAGGGACGAUUGAGGGUUUCAGGUGUCGGACAUGGAUGGAAACUCCUCCUGGUCUCCUGAGAGAUGUCAGAAACCUGCUGGUGGGGGUGACCAGACCUCACAGAUGUUUCUCUGAAAUUAUUCCUUUGUUUUUCAGUUGUCAAACACUUGAACCGUUAUGAAAUCAACCUCUGCAUGAAGCCCUGUAUGAUCUUGUUUACAGUUUUUAAUCGUUUGUUUUUGGGAUAUGUAAAUGAAGUGAUAUGUCACAUUGGAAAAGUGGAAAUGUUUUGUAACUUUUUAAAAAAAAACAACCAAAACUGUAAAUUGUGUUUAGUCAACUUUUAAUAGAUGUUUAAAUCAAGUGCCAUAAUCAAAAAUAAUGUUUUUGUGCAUUUUAAAUAUCUUUUAAACUGUAGUCAUAGUUUUAUUUUCCUUUUUUUUUAAAAAUACAAACACUUAAUUAGUUUUGUUUGCACUGGUGAUAAAAGUCACAUGACUUGAAACAGUUUUUCACGACUUUGUUUAAUUUACACAUUGUCAUUUUCAAGAUUUUUGCACAUUUUCAAGCAAAAGUCCGUUUUGUACUUUGAGAAAUGUUAAUUACGUUUGGUGGGUCAGUGCACUACAAACAUUAAACAAAUCUCUCUGGGUAAAAUCUUGAUUGAGUCAUUUAGGAUUGGCCUGAUUUCGUCAUAAUGGUGUUCCAGUUUGUUUGUUAUUUGCUCGGAUUUAUGAAUUUUAUAUAACUGCUCCUCUUGAGAAAAAAAAACUCAGAGAGCUCUCCCUCCCCUAAAGUUUACUCUCUUCACCU